UUUGACUCUUGCGUUUCUUCAUCCACACACUUAAUUAUCUAUCUGGUAAUAAAUUUACAGAAGUCUGAUGGGGCCUAGGAAUAUUUCGAGCUGGAGGAAAAUACUAAGAUGAUAGACAAUCAGUCAUUUUCAAAUAACGGACACUCGAUUUUAGCUAAAGAUUUGAAGGACCUGCUUCUAAAGAGGUAUGCUAUAUUCACAGGUGGCCAUGAUAAGGAAUUCCGCUCCCUGAUAAUUUUUCAAGACCGUGGUUUAGAUGGAUUAAGUGAUGACUCGUAUAUUUUUCUAAUGCAGUACUUUUCCUCAUUAUCAACAAUGCUAACAUGUGUUCAAGAAAUUACUGUUGUUAUUGAUAGGCGUACUAGUAAUUGGGCAGUUGUCAAAUCGAUUGUUGCCAAACUAAAUGAGAAGUUUCCAGGGAACUUACAUCAAAUAUUCGUUAUCAAACCUCAAGGUUUUAUGCAGAAUUUUUUCUUGGAGAAAACAGUAAAUUCAAUACGUGAUAGUUGUAAAAUCCCAUUAAUAUUCGUUGACAAAGCUGAAGAUCUGCUUCCGUACAUAGAUCAGCAGCAUUUGACGAACGACUUAGGCGGUGAACUUCACUUUGACAUCGACGAUUGGCUUACGAACAGGAUAGUUCGACAACAUAUCUUGUAUUAUACUACUCGAAAAGAUUUCUGUCUUCAGUUUUUGCAAGAUAUUGAAGAAUAUUUUAAAGAAGUUGAAAAUUUAUACUCCGAAUUGAAAACCAUCAUGAAUGAGUGCACUGGUCAAGGCUAUCAUCAACGACAGAAUUAUUACUGCGAUCAAAAAUCAAGAACUUGUCAUAUAAACCAAUUUUAUAAUUGUGAAAACAUGCUUGAAUUACGUAAAAGAUGUCAUCAUUGGUUACACUGUGUUUCUGAUUGUGAAGUAAAAGGUUUGAAAAUGCGUGAAAAUUUACUUAAGAAAAAUUCGAAUCAUUCAUGUACAACUAUACAGGAAGAAGAUACUACAACAAAAUGUGAUACACCACCAACAACAGGAACAUGGUCUCAUACAAGUGAUGCAUAUGACUUGCCAGUUGAUUAUGUCUUUCAUAUCAUUACAUUUGAUCGUAUACUUAUUAGGUUGACUGAAGCUCGUACCGAAUUAAGACGGUAUUGGCGUGAAUAUAUGAAACGAGUACGUGUUACAUUUUUGAUUGAUGAUGUUGAAAAACAAUAUUACGAGUUUACUGAUCUUGCUAAUACAUGGAACAAUCUAAUUGAAUCUCUAGUUGAUUAUUUACCAAUUAAAAUGUCCAAUUCAUCCAAUUUUUCUCCAACACAUCAAUUUCAUCAAUCAUCAUUAGAUAAUGAUCAAGAGAACAACAGUAACAACAACAACAACAACAUUAGUUCAUCAUGUUCUCCUUCUCAUUUCAUUAUAAUUUCUGCAUUGAAAAACGAUGAUGAUGAUGAUAAUGAUAAUGAUGAAACAAAUACAUCAUUAAGUAAAACAAUAUUAGAAAGUCUAGAAUUAUUAUCUUGUCGUAUAAUGGAAGCAGAAACCACUGGUAACCGGUUAUUAACAAGAUUAAAAGAGUUAGAACAGAUUGCAAGCAAUUUUGUUUUAUUUAUAAUUGAUAAUGUGGAAGAGAAGCAGGAAUUGUUACUGAGCAAUUCUAAUGGUAAAGAUAGUUAUCAAGCCUCGUUUCUCUGUGACGUAAACCGAUUUAUCAGUGCAAACUUAGUCUCAAAUAUUAUUUGCCCAGAUUUGUCAAUAAAAGUAAAUGGAAGCAGUCAACAAAGUGGUGUUAACUUAAACACCAGUUGCUUAUCUCUAUGUUCUGGAGAAGAUGAAUCAUCUAAUCUUGUUGCACCUCAUGAAAUUAAUCAUAGUUCUGAUCAAAAAGCCGAUCAAUCCAUGCAACAAUAUUUUCUUCCUAUAAAGUUUCCUUCAAAUGUAAAAGAAUGGCCUGUGCUAUUUAAAAAUAUGAUUGAUUUAGCUAGUUUAGAUUUACCGAAAGCAGCUGAUCAAAUUAAUCGUUUGUUACAACUCUACACAGAAAUCGAUAAUGCUGCUUCCUGGAUUAAAGAAGGCCAUCGUUUAUUAAAGACAGUAACACCACCAGAUAAGCUUACCACAAUGGAUUUAGUGGAAUGUCGGUCACGUAUGGAUGAGUUGACUACAUUUACUUCCUCACGUCAGAGUAGGCUAGAGUUGCUUCGGAAUCCUAAACUUUUUCAUUCACGAUUAGUUGGUUUAUUAGACGCUGAUUUGAAGAGUCAAUUAAGUAAAUUAUUAAAACAAGUAGAAGAUGUAGCGCAAAAUUGUAAUCUUGCUAUUGCUUCAGUUCGUCAGCACAUAUCACGAACAAGUUUCCCACGAAAUCAUCCGAACUCUCAAUCUUUGAAUAAUAGUAAUAAUUCAAAUACCAGUAGUAGUACUUUAACUAGUCAUGGGACAAAUUCACCCAUUCAAGGAUCUAUUAAAUCAUCAUCAUCUUCAGAAGGUCUUAGCAGCAGAAAUAACAAUAAAGUCACCAAUUCCUUUCAAGGCUCAGAAUUACCUUCAUCGUAUCAGUUGUCACGAUUAGAAUCUUCAACUUCAUUAUCAACUCCAGGUAAACGAUAUCAGUUAGUAUGGAAAGAACUGGUAGAUACAGAAAAAUCCUAUAUAAAUUUUUUACAACAUGUCUAUGAUGUGGUAUGGUUAAAUUCUGUUGAUAGUAUUGAUUAUAAUGAGUCGGGGAUCCGAUCAUGUUCACCGCCGGCAUUUAUGCGUGAUAAUCCAAAUCGUCUUCUAUGUAAUUGGCCUGAAUUAUUACGUUUUCAUAAAGACACAUUACUACCGCAUUUAAUGUUAUGCGACGGAAAUGCUGGAAAACUCAAAAAUUGGGUAGCUCUUAUGGUCCCACAUUUGGUAGACUUAUAUACAAUUUAUUGUUCGCUUCAUGAAUAUUCAGUUCAAUUAGCUGUUGCUCUUGAAAAAGAUCGUAUUUAUUCUAACUGGCUAACUGCAUGCAAUGAAGAGAUAUAUCGGAGAGAAAUGUCAAUAGCAAAAAUGAAUAAUCCUGAGUCUCCUACUAUAUCAUUAGCUGAAUCAAGCCGUCCUAUACUGCUGUUUAGUUCUCGUCUUGUGACUCCUAUACAACGUUUUCAACGAUAUCAUUUACUAUUGGAUAGGCUUGUUCAACAUGAAAUUAAUGAAUGUGACCGCUGUGAUCUGCAGACUGCUCAUAAAACUAUUUUGGAAUUAUGUGAAACUGUGAAUAUCACUAUGCAACUUCGUGGUUUGUCGGUUCGUCCAUCUGAAUUGGGCACAUUUCUAUUGCAAGGAGAUUUCACUAUAUCUCGUGAUGAUGUACGAUUUAUGUCCAAUAAACAACGACAUGUUUUCUUAUUUACCAAUGCUAUAUUACUCACUAAGUAUCGUACUGCACCGAAUUCAUUUAUACCUGUUCUGAUUAAUCCAAGUACAGUGAUAAAUUCUGCUAUUUCAAAUCUAUCACGAGAUCAUUCUAUUGAUACAUUUGAUAAAUUCACAAAUAAUAAUUCAGCAUACAAUCAAUCAAAUAAUGUAUCAGGUACAACAUCCAAUUUAUUGGCAUUCACUAAAUCACUUGCGUCUAACAGUGGAAAUAAUAGUAAUAAUCUUAUUUCAUCUAACAUCCCAACUUGUGCUGCUGGUCCUUAUUAUGAAAUUAAACAAGAAUUAGAGCUUUCGAAAAUUGGAUUAACUCCUCAUUUUCAUGGGGAUCGUCGGCGGUUCGCUAUAUGGACUGCUAAACGUGCAGUUACUUAUAUUUUCCAAUCAUCUGAUUCUUCCAUCAGAGAUACAUGGGUUAAAGCUAUAAAUGAAUUAUUAAUGAUGCAAUUACUUCGUGAUCGUUAUAAAGUUCUCAGUAAUAAUGAUAUGCAGAGUGCUAAAAUAUUAUCUUCUGAACAAGCUCGUUUCAGCUUAGAUAUACCCGAUCGUAGUAAAAGUUUACCGGUUAGUAGCAAAACGCCGUCUCAUAAAAAUCAAACAAAGAAAGGAUCCGUUGUAUCAUUACCGUCUACAGUUGAUCAGAAUCCCAACAAUACAAUAACAUCUAAUCGAUAAUAUGUAUUAAUCUCUUCAAGUGUGCAAAUCAUCAUUUUCAUUUUCUUUCUUUCCAUUCAUUGAUGUUAUCUUCUUCUAUUUCAACUAUUUGUAAGUGUAUGAAGAUUAAAGAGAAGAGAAAAUCAG